AUGGCCAUGGUCGCCGGCUGCCGGGCCUUUGGGGUGCAGGGCACCAGCUGGCUCUGGCGCAGCCGGUGGGCCCCUUUCUCCGCUGGCUUCUGCAGCCCGGGGUCAGCAGUGACCGCUCGGCCGGAGUCGGAGCCACGGCCCACUAGCAUGCGACAGCAGGACGGAAUCAGGAACAUUGUCUUAAGCAAUCCCAAGAAGAGGAACGCGCUGUCACUGGCCAUGCUGAAAUCUCUCCGAAGUGACAUUCUUCAUGAAGCUGAAAGCAAAGACCUGAAAGUCAUUAUAAUUGCAGCUGAGGGCCCUGUGUUUUCUUCUGGGCAUGAUUUGAAGGAGCUGACAGAUGCACAAGGCCGUGAUUAUCACACUGAAGUAUUUCAAACCUGUUCUGAGGUCAUGAUGCUGAUACGGAACCACCCAGUCCCCAUCAUUGCCAUGGUCAAUGGCUUGGCCACAGCUGCCGGCUGCCAGCUUGUUGCCAGCUGUGACAUUGCUGUGGCAAGUGACAAGUCCUCUUUUGCCACACCUGGGGUCAACGUUGGACUUUUCUGCUCUACCCCUGCAGUUGCCCUGGGGAGAGCAGUGCCCAGAAAGGUGGCCCUGGAGAUGCUUUUUACUGGGGAGCCCAUUUCUGCUCAGGAGGCCGUACGCCACGGCCUCAUCAGCAAAGUGGUGCCAGAGGAGCAGCUGGAGGAAGAGACCGUGAGAAUAGCAAAGAAGAUCGCUUCUUUGAGCCGCCCCGUGGUGGCAUUGGGCAAGGCUACCUUUUACAAACAGCUUCCCCAAGACCUUAGAACAGCAUAUUAUCUUGCCUCGCAGGCCAUGGUGGACAACCUAGCCCUGCAGGAUGGGCAGGAAGGAAUCGAGGCCUUCAUCCAGAAGAGAAAGCCCAUCUGGUCGCACUGA